GUCACUCGUCACAAAUGCAAAUUGCAAUUUGCAAAGUUCGUCAAAUGACCAUAACGAGAACUAUUAAUAUAAUCUUUAUUCUUUGUUGAGUUGAACUUCGAUAUAUAUAAAAAUAUUACGGCGUCGAGUUAUGUUCUAGUGCCUAAAAUAAUGUAGACGAAGAUGAGGCAUGUGAUGUUGACAGCGGUCUGGUGAACGAAAUGUCGAUAGAGUACGUAGUGGUAAGCGAGGGCGAGCAGGAUGAGCCCAUCGAGCUUCCCACAGAGGAGGACGGGUCGUUGCUGCUGAGUACGAUCUCCGCGCAGUUCGCCGGCGCCAGCGGCCUGAAGUAUCGCGCCGGAGGUCGCCUCCGCGGGCUGCGACUCGCGGACGACAGAGUUCUGCCACCCGCAGAAGGGUGGUCGGCAUACAGAUAUUUCUGCGCGUUCCCGCGCGUGGACACGCGGUGCGUGUCGCCCCGACCCCGUUGCUCCGACCUCAUAGUGUUGGGGCUACCGUGGAAGACGGGCGAGGAUGCUGUCCGCGAUUACUUCGCGGCAUUCGGUGAACUGCUGAUGGUGCAAGUCAAGCGAGAUUCCAAAACUGGCCUGUCGAAAGGAUUCGGUUUCAUAAAAUUUGCCGACUACGAGGCACAAAUCCGCGCCCUGGGUAGACGGCACAUGAUCGACGGGCGCUGGUGCGACGUGCGGAUCCCCAACAGCAAGGACGGCGGCUCGGCGGCGCACCGCAAGGUGUUUGUCGGCCGCUGCACGGAGAGUCUCACAGCCGAAGAUCUUAGAGAAUAUUUUGGUGCAUUCGGUCAAGUGACAGAUGUGUUUGUGCCCAAGCCUUUUCGAGCGUUCAGUUUUGUGACGUUUUUGGAUCCGGAAGUCGCCCAAUCCUUGUGUGGACAGGAUCACAUUAUAAAGGGAGUGUCUGUGAAUAUCUCCACGGCAUCCCCUAAACAGGAGCGCGGGGCUCGGUCUCAGCUCCUGGGCUGGGGAGUGCUGGAGGGGGGUGCUCCCCGGGUGUACAGCUGGCCACCCGAUGCCUGGCAGCACUCGGCACACUCACACUCGGCCGCUCUGCCGGAAGCUAAGCCCUACCUCAAGUAUGAGUGACAUGCCUUUGCUCCUAUUGUUGGAAAUUGACAAAUUUUUAUCAAAAAAGAAUGUGUAAAUAAUAAUAUAAUACAGUAUAAAAGUUGUUUAUAUGUGUGAAAUUUUUAUUGUGUCCGCCCAUAUUAGAUAAAUUUGUUAUUUUAAAAAUGUAAUGUCCACAAAUAUCUAUAUUUGACAUCUACUUUAAGAAUUUAAAAUGUC